CAACUUAUAAAGCUUCCACUCUUAAAAAUUUGUUUCAUUGUAUUUUGUAAAAUUUUCUCCCUUUUGACCGGUAGCGAUGGUCCAUGGACAAAUUUAUACACAGGGUCACCUUGAAGUGUUACUUACAUUCAAGUGAAGUAGGAAGUCUUACUGUACUUCAGAUCUGUCGUUAUUUUUUAAAUAUAUUUAAAAAAAUAAAAAUAUGGGAGGAAGAUGGUCAAACAUGGAUCCUUCAGAAGUCGAUGUUCCAGAAAUAAAUACUUUAUUGGAAAGAGAUCCUUAUCUAAAACCUUAUGAACAUGAGAUUCGCAAAAGGUAUGCAUUAUUUAAAGAUUAUGUAGAAAAAAUAGAAACAAGUGAUCGUACUUUGGAUAAAUUUUCAAGAAGUUACAAAAGUUUUGGAAUUCAUGUAAAUGAAGACAAUAGUGUUACUGCAAGAGAAUGGGCACCUGGUGCACAGGAAUUAUUUUUAACAGGGGAAUUUAAUAAUUGGAACAAAACAGCAAAUUCAUAUAAAAAAUUAGAUUAUGGAAAAUGGGAAUUACAUUUACCACCUAAUGCUGAUGGUACUUGCCCUAUAAAGCAUCUUUCAGAAGUCAAAAUAAUUGUAAAAGAUCAUAAUAAUGGAUUAUUGGAAAGACUGAGUCCUUGGGCUACAUAUGUUACACAAAAUCGUUCAGAAAGUGUUACAUAUAAACAACGUUUAUGGUACCCAUUACCUGAAAAUGUUUACAAAUUUAAAUAUCCCAAACCAAAAAAACCAGAAAGUCUCAGAAUUUAUGAAUGUCAUGUUGGUAUUGCCACUCAAGAAUUAAAAAUUGGCACAUAUUUAGAAUUUGCAGAAAAAAUAAUUCCUCGUAUUGUAAAACAAGGCUAUAAUACUAUACAAUUGAUGGCUAUUAUGGAACAUGCUUAUUAUGCAAGUUUUGGAUAUCAGGUGACUUCAUUUUAUGCUGUCUCAUCUCGUUAUGGCACACCAGAAGAAUUGAAACAUUUAAUAGAUUCAGCCCAUCAACAUGGUUUAUAUGUUUUAUUGGAUAUAGUGCAUUCACAUGCAUCAAAGAAUACAUUAGAUGGAUUAAAUGUGUUCGAUGGUACUGAUGCUUGUUUCUUCCACACUGGUAAUCGUGGUCAACACCCACUUUGGGACAGCAGACUUUUUAAUUAUGGAGAAUACGAAGUGUUGCGAUUUUUAUUAUCUAAUUUACGUUGGUAUAUUGAAGAAUAUAAUUUUGAUGGAUUUAGAUUUGAUGGGGUUACAUCAAUGUUAUAUCACUCAAGAGGAUUUGGCCAAGGUUUUAGUGGCCAUUAUGACGAAUAUUAUGGUCUUAAUGUUGAUGUUGAAGGUGUAGUAUAUUUAAUGCUUGCAAAUCAUAUGUUGCAUUAUUUAUAUCCAGAAAUUAUUACGAUAGCUGAAGAUGUCAGUGGAAUGCCUGGAGUUUGCAGGCCAAUCUCUGAAGGUGGUUUAGGAUUUGAUUAUCGAUUAGCUAUGGCUAUUCCUGAUAAAUGGAUUAAACUUUUAAAAGAGGUAAAAGAUGAAGAUUGGAAAGUUGGAGAUAUUUGUUGGACAUUAACGAAUCGAAGAUGGAUGGAAAAAGCAGUAGCUUAUUCAGAAUCUCAUGAUCAGGCUCUUGUAGGUGAUAAAACAAUUGCAUUUUGGCUGAUGGACAAAGAAAUGUAUACACAUAUGAGUACACUGAGUCCAUCUAGCCCGAUUAUAAGUCGCGGAAUUGCUCUUCAUAAUCUCAUUAUGUUAAUCACACAUGCAUUAGGAGGCGAAGCUUAUUUAAAUUUUAUGGGUAAUGAAUUUGGUCAUCCUGAAUGGUUGGAUUUUCCACGAGCUGGUAACGCAGAUAGUUACCAUUAUGCUAGGAGGCAGUGGAAUUUAGUAGAUGACGAGUUACUAAAAUACAAAUUUAUGAACAAUUGGGAUAGAGCUGUAAAUACUCUUGAAGAAAAAUAUGGAUGGCUACAUGCUCAGCCUUCAUUUCCUGAUUAUACUAUUGGAGUAAAAACUACAGGAACAUAUAAAAUUCUUUUAUGCAGUGAUGACAAAGAUUUUGGUGGAGAAAGCCGUGUUGAUACUAAUGUACAACAUUUUACCAAACCAGAACCAUAUUCCGAUUAUUCAAAUAGUAUGAUGAUUUACAUUCCUUGUCGUACAGCUAUUAUUUAUAUUCGAGAAACUUAAGUGCUUUUAUCAUAAGCUUUUGUCUUGUAGACAUGGACAAAAGAAUUGAUUUUAGAAUGCUAUGUAUAAAUAAACUGUUAUUUUUCCUACCAAAGUUUAGAAGAAUAUGUAGUAUUAAGUAAAAGAAAAUUAAGUAGUAUAAUACAUAAUAUAUAUAUAAAAUUUAAAACUUUGUAAAGAAUACCAAAUUAUUUAAAAAAGAAGUACAAACAAGAUAUUCGUGAUAUUUUAAAAUAGAAAUUAUCAGGAAAAUAGAACAUAUCAAGAAAAAUCAUAUUCAAAAAAACGUACUCAAUAAUUUUGUGAUCAAAAUAUAAUGUGAUGAAAAAUAUUUUAUGUUUUGAUACCAACAUAGUAUAUUUUUGAUAUCAAAUUUUAAUAUUUAUAAAUGUUUAUAAUAAAGCAUUGUUUUAAAAUUUGUGUUAUUUAGUUAUUUAAAGCAUACAAUUAAAUAUUAAUACAUAGAAUUAUUUUGAUUUCAAGAAAAUCAAUAAAAAUUAGUAUUGUCAUGUUCACUUGUAUUUAUUACAAAUUUGCAUUUUUCAUUUUUUCUAAGUAACUUUUUCUAAUCUUUAAUAACAUUCAUGAUAGUAAAGAUAUUUUUAAAUUUAUUCUGAAUUAGUUAUUUUAUUCAUGUGUUACAUUACUAAAUUCUGCUUCAUUUACAUCAUAAUCUUCCAUUUUGUUUUCUAAAAUCCACCAUUUAUCCAAAAAUCCAAUAUCUACUACUCUUUGAUAAAAUGUUAAAUAUCGUAUUUUUAAGUAAGGACAAACAGCUUUAUAUAAAGAACACAUUUUAUCAUAAUCGUCUAACCAAAUUAAAGAAAUUAUACCCAAAUUCAUCCGUCGUACAAUUCCUUCAUUGUAACAUUGUCCUAACCAUUGUACAUAGUUUUCACACAUUGGAUUACGUACAGCUUUUCCCACUUGCAUUAUUUUCAUGGUAUUUUGUAAUAAAUCUUCUUUGAAGGAACACUCAUCUGGAUUAUGUUUAUGCAGGUACGCACAAGAUGCUAAAAGAGAAAAAUAAAUAGAUGUUCUUACAGGAUGUUCCUUACAAUCCUUUGCAGCACUUAGUGCUGAUUCUUUAUAAUCUAUAUAAAGGUUCUUCCAAUACUUCCCUCAUCGUUGAAUAAAAGUUGUUUUCGUUAUUGUUGACAUUUUAAAAUUUCCUGUGGGUUUCAAGACAUAACUUGUAGCAGAUCAGUCUAGUUUUGUUACUUACGCCUGAAGUUAUCUCUUUAUUAUCUCUCUAGAUUUUAUGUUAGGAAAUUGUACACUUAAAUUUUAAAGAAUCAACAAUUAUUAUUUUAUACAAAGAAAACACUUUAGAAGUUGUACUUAUCAUUUUGUAAUAAUUUCUAACUAAAUUUUACUUAUUACAAAACCAAGUGAAU